AUGGCCUUCGACCUGGAGGAGUAUUUACGCGUGGCUUUCCGGGACAAGCUGCGGCUGCCGACGGUGCCGACGUGGGACGCUGCCACUCUGCUGCCCUCCAUACGCUUGCUGCUGAAGAGGCGGGAGGUGGCGGAGGUGGAGCAGGCGCUGCAGAGCCAGCGGGAGGAGUUUCGGCAGAGGAUGGAGCGCCUGGCGCAGCGCCGGCAGCAGCUGGGCCAGAGGGAAGAGCAGCUCCGGGAUGUUGUCCUCAAAUUCGACGCCUUCCUCAAGGCUUCAGCAGCGAGGCAGGAGCGGGCGCUGCAGCGGGCAGACAAGGAGCGGGUACGGGUGGCGGCGCAGGGUGCCGAGGCCGCCCGCCUGCGCCAGGAGCUCGCGGGGCUGCUGCGGCAGAGGGAGCGCCUGGCCCGGCGCCUGCGGAGCCUCCGCAGCUUCGGCGACUACCUGCGGGGCGUCCUGGCCAGGAUGGGGCAGUUCCAGGACAUCCCGGCCAUGCUGGCCCAUUUUGGGGCACGGGGGGCACGGGCAGCCCUGGUGCAACAAGCAGCAGCGGGGCAGGAGCGGCUGGCCCAGGGCUGGGCACAGCUCCAGCAAUACCGCAAGGAGGCCGGCAGCAAGCUCCUGCGCACCAACGACGAGCUGGCCCAGCUCCACGCACGCCUGGAAGCCGCCCGCCACGACGUGCUCCAGUGGGAAUCCUCCUGGGCCCACAUCCAGAGCACGGCCACCCAGAAGACCCUGCUGCUGGGGCAGAUCAAGCUGGCAGUGCUAAACCUCUUCCAGCUCGUCACCACGUGGCUCAAGGUCCCCGCAGACGUGGCCCUGGAGGACACCGAGGCCCAACUGGACACGGUGCUGCUCUGCAUGCAGGACCUGGCUGCCAUCUGUGCCGAGCUGUGCCCCAGGCAGCGGGGGCCGUGUCCCCCACGCUUGCCUGUUGCCACCAGCAUGCGCCCGCUGCGCCGCGGGGGUGCCAGGGAGCCUCUGAGCCAGGAAUAG